CUUCGCGCACUGCAUAGAGUACCUUAUCUUUCUCGCUUUGCGCUGCAGCACUAAAAUUGUCAUAGGACACUCCAAAAUAUAUCAUUGGCUUUAUAUUGUCCUCCACCACUGCAGCAUGCUCUGCCGCCUGAAUCUUUGGCAUGGACAGUGGCCUCAGCAAGGAGGAAAAAAAUUAUCUCCUUGCUGAAAACAGUCAGUGGCAUGCGGGUGACGGUCAUGAACCUCCUGCUACACAGGAACCCCAGAACAGCCCCUUGCAUUGGCAGAAACCUUGCUUGACCUAAAUUUAAAUGUCAAGUUGGGGUUCUGAUAUGAAAGUCUGUUUCAAAAUCAUCAUGGAUCAACCCGUAUUGCAGUCCAAAGAUCGCAAUGUUCGCUUCUUGCCUUCCAUGAUACGCACCGAGUUAAUAGCGCCCUGCAGCAAUAUUUAAGAUGUCGGACAGAGGUUCUCAUCGCCGUCCCCCGUUCCUACCUUCAGGAUGCACUUCGCAGACUUUGUCCAAAUUCGUAUGAGUGCGACUUCUCUGCUCCUCUUCACUAUAUUCGGUCAGACUGUGAUCAUGGGUUUUGCAUGGGGCUUCACUGGAGCAAUCUUGUACACAGGGGUUCUCGCACUACCUGAUAAUGCCGUUCAUUUGAUCGUAGAGCAUCCGACCGUGUUGACCUUGAUAGUUACGUUGAUCUCAACUGCCUUGUCGAUCACUACUUCGAUGUUCUUCACAUUUGCCCUCAAAGAAGCCCUUCGGCACCACCUUUCUGGGCUAUCAAUUACACUGUUCAAGCUUCGUACUGCAAUAGCGCUGAGCAGGACGACCUGGGUACUGCGAUGGAGAUUUCUAAAGCUGUCGCUCCUCACGUUGGUGGUCUAUGCGAUGGUCACAUUUCUAAGCACGAGUUGGAACACUUUCCUCUUACCCACCCUUGUUCAAUGGCCUGUGGAGACGUUCGGAACGGAACUGGACUUGGGAUCUGUUGCAUUUUUAAAUCAGUUGAGUAGAGAUCUUCAUACCUACAACUCCACUGCGAACUCCGUACAAGCAUCUGCGUUUGAAACCAUCAGUGUCUUGGCUCUCCUCAGUGGUAUUGCUGCGGUCAGCGUUCAAGGAGGUGUGGAAACGAGUAGUAUGUUCAACUUCAACGGAGUUUCAUACAAUCAGUCAACUGGUGGAGUUCUCCCCGCGAUAGAGGAGUACUCUGGAUCAUCAACCCAGUCGGGCUCUGCCGUCGGCCUAGCGUUCAUUGGUGGACAGGUACCAGUUAAUACCAGUUUUAACUGGGGACACCUCAGACGCGAUGCAGGCACUCAAGGCAUUGCGAAGAACUACACUGUGACACAGCAGGGUCUCACGGCAAAUGUUACAUGUCAGCCGAUCGACCGCAGCCAGAAUACGUUUUCACUCACCCCAUACCCGGUGCCAGGACCUAAGGGCUCGAAUAUCUCGUUCAUCACGUGGGUCGCCGUUGCGAAUUGUUCAGGAAACUUAAAUUCAAUAACCUUCUUCACCGUUGGCAACGCGAACGGUCAGGUAGACAAUGCAACAGUGGGACUUCUCCCCACUGUUGUAUGUCCCAGCCCACAGAACUCGACGGCAUUCAACCCAUAUAAGUUUGAUAUCUUCAUGUCUGGCUUGUACAAGUACAGCUUUUUGCCAACGAUUGUUUGCGAGGUCGUUCCCUACCUGACCACUGUCAACGUCACUUAUAAUGGAGGCAUCAUAUCUGUCGAUCGGAAUGGCGCAUCUUCCAGUUCGACAAGCAGUUCGGAUUUACCUGUAUCUCAGUCUAUCGUGAAUAUAAUGAAUUAUCAAGCGUUGAUAAACCAAGCCAUAAGCACGAAUACAAUUGGUGACUUCUUAACCGCGUAUGGUUCGAGCAAUGUAUCCGUGAUGUACAACGAACUUGAAAAUUACUGGCGUGGUAUUACGGAGUUCUCCUCUACUCAACUUCGAUCCGGAUACUCUGCUUCGGGAGUCCCGUCGAAUAUGACAAGGUCGACGAGCGGCACUAUGUAUAUCACGACGUACGGCUGGCAAAGCCAAUCCUACACGUAUAUCUUUCUGCUUGUGGUGCUCACCAUGAUCUGGGGUGCCACCAUAUUGGCUGCCAGCUACAGCCUCAUGCAAGAAAAAACCACUGCCUCCGAUCCAUCUUUCGACUUUUCUGAUCCCGUUGAUCUGAUCAUUGCGGCGUCUGGCGGAAGACUUGAAUCGCAGCUUUGCGACGACGACGACGACGACGACGACGAAGACCAAGAAGACCAUAGGGAGGACAUCAUCGUUCGCUUCCAGGAUGUAACUGAUGAAAUGGGGAAGAGAAUCCGCAAGAGAUUGGUCACUGUGGUUCCGGAUUCCCCGCCACGGACGGCGACCCCUGGACAAAGCACGGGGUUCAAAGAUUUGCAAGUGCCGUUUGUGCCGUGUACAGACACCCAGCAGGACUU